AUGUCUUCACCUUCAGAACCCACAGUGCUUUAUGCUAUGUCUUACUCUCCAUCUGGGAAAGCCUUGGCAUCUUAUCAUCACUCUCACUUCGAGGGUCACCAACCUCAAUCGCCAUGUGAGCGCACAGCUCUUCGCGCUGAACAAGGAGAAAAACCUAUGCCUACAUGCCAAGUUUCUUUCAAUAAUACGCCCGUCUCUCCUACGUUUACAAAGAACAAUAUCACAAGUUUCUCUGGCGGUAAUCCGUCUUACACACCUAACCAACACGCAGCUAGAAGAUCAGAAGGACUUCCUUACCGCAGCCGUCUAUGGGAUGCCCAAAUCAAAGACAGUCUACAAGGUCGACUAAGCUAUGAGGUCACCGACAGGAGAGUGAACACAUCUAAUAGGCCAGCGGAUGGGUCUCCUCAUACUAACUCUGACAACGAAGGCCAAAGUCUGGAAAGUAGUGACGCCGAUCUAGACCUCACUGUUGAACUCCCUUCACCCGAUACAAGUUACGAUACUCCUGGUAGACCUUCAGAUCCAGUAGCGUCUUCUAUUGACUUAUGUACUGCCUGCAAGACUGGCUUCACGUCAAUUGCCAUGGUCGAGACCACCGAUUGUGAUAGCAAUAUUUCUAUGUUUAUACACUCGGCCACCCAAUCAGCGUCACAUCUCGAUCAGCCUUCCAAUUCAGCUGGUCUCAAUACUCACGACGAUUCUCCCCCCAAAAAUUUCCCAAGACUGCUACUCCCUCAAUCUGCUUGCUCGUGUGCUCAUCAACGUAGGGCUUCCACUGAUGGCUCUGGUCUGUCCAAUCGCGGCUACAACCCCCGUCAUGGAUAUUCCUAUAAUCCUACGCCCCCACUCAAUUUGAAAUCCUCACCAAGGUUUCUCAACCGACCUCCACGUAAUCAUUCUGAGCCAAUGAACACGCCAUCAACACCUGCCCUGACUCACGGAGAUGAGGACGAGGACAUUGAGCAUAUGGAAGGAAAUGAUACCCCCGACACAUCAUGGGAACAAGAAGAAUUACGAGAUGAUCAGUUUAAGCCUAAUGGACUCCAGAGUACUAUACAAAGUCGAAGACAAAGCUCAAGUCGUUCAGAUCCACUUCAAAUCGUAGUCAAUCCGAAAGGAGUACUUGCAGAACCUCAUCGACCUGGUCAAACUGUUAUGCCAUCCUUAACUUCUGCUUUCUCGCCAACCUACUUGAAUUCUCCAGCCUCUUUGGCCGAAAUCGUAUCACCUCCUCUUAUAAAUUCUUUUAAUUCACCUACUAUUUAUUCACCUCAAGAGUCACAAAGGGGUCUUCGACUAGACAGACCAACCGAAUUUGAUCUUGAAAAACUUAAUUACGAGCCGCCUCGCAGUCCACGUAAUCGUAAUGUGACAGCCGGGUGGAGAGCAUUGAGCGAAUUCUUUGGGUCUAUUGGGCAAACGCACCCAUCUUCAGAGAGUUGCUCUACACAAGGAACUCCUAGUCUUUUACCAUCGGCUCCGCUCCCAGCGGAAUCUCAGGCGCUGGAUCAUGUUAAGCAACGUAUACUUGAACAUGAUCGCUCCUCUUGGGCUCAUUUCUGCCGUGAUACGCAACAUGAACCUCAUCGAGCUGGUUUUGCACGCUUACCCACAAUUCCUACACUUCAAGAUGAUAGCAAUAUCAGAUCAAAUGCACAGUUCAAGUCGAUCCUUUUAAACAACAACAACGGUCCACCUCUUCAAGCUCAACUUCAACAUCUCUCCCCUUUCUGGAAUUCUCCUCAAACUCUUGAUGAUCACCUUGAUAGACGUACUCGUACUACUUCAGUUCCUAUCAAUUCGAUCUUGUCCUCAGGAUUAAUACCAGAAGUUGAAGUGGAAGAAAAGCGUAAUCCAAGAAGAAUCAGUUGGCAAACUCAUCAACGCUUAUCUUCACAAUCACGUUAUCAAAGAUCAUGCGAAAGAUCUAAUCAACAUUCUCGUCAACUCUCAGCUCCAGCUCCACAUCGAUUACGCCAUGGUUGUAAUGUUGGUGGUUUGCCUACUAUACCAGCUAUCGAAAGUACUCAUCGAUCACAGAGGAAUAGAUCAUCUUUAAUACAUCCUUUGAAGUGUCCAACCAACGCCAAACUACCUCAAAAACCUUUGAGUAAGUCAACUGAUUCUGAAUCGAGCCUGGUCUUAGUGGAGGGUAAUGUACAGCCUGAAUCUAUAUCGACAAACCACACACGUCGUACAACGCUCGGUGAUCAUCGCUCAUCAGUCCUCAAACCAAUCUCUCCUCUCACUGGAGCUUACCCAGAGCCAAUCGUCAAAGGAUGGCGACCAUUAGAUACUGAACACAUGGCUGCUCCCAAACCCAAAGGUUUUUUCCAAUCUCUUGCCGAUUCGAUCCGAAAAGCAUCAAGGACAGGCAAGACAGGUAACGGUCUUCGACGUUUACUCACAGCCACCUCAGCCAAUCGAUCUGCCACAAAAGCAUGGUUGUUUAUGGAAAUGUUAGAAAGAGCAGAUCCAGCAGCCGUGACGUUUUGGUUAGGUUGUUUGUUCGGACCAUGGUUCUUUGUCAUCGGUGGUUGGUAUCUUAGUCCAAGGAUCGGUGAAAUUGGUCAAUCUAAAUUUAAUCAACAUCUUAGAUUUCCAAAUCGAGUUAAAAAUUUAUCUAAUGGUCGUACUACACCUAUCUCACAACAUCAUUCUCAUCAUAAUGGAUUAUCUUGGGUUAAUGCUAAUCGAGUGGCUGCUUGUGUGACUGGACCUUUAGUUCUUGGUGGAUUUAUUUGGUCUUUGGUGAUUGUUUGUAAUGCUUCUAGUGCUUAA